AUGGGCUUCUUCAGGCGCAAGGAGGGCCGGGCAGCAAGCAACAACAACAACAUCCACAACAUCCACAACAUCCACCACCACUUCGAGAAGGACGGCCAGGAGUCGGUGUUCUCUAAUAGCAGUUCCAGAGCGUCGAGUACGUCUGCGAGACUGCCGGUGUCUUCCAUCCGGUCGAGCAACAACAGCCCAACGUCCCAUCCAAUACCCGAAGCCCCCAUGGCGCCGCCGCCAGAUCCCAACCUGGACCCAGCAGCCUACCUGAGAAGCAUCCAUGCCGUCCGCCAGCGGUGCGGCCUGGUGAUGGAGAAGGCAAAGGAGAACCAGCUGAACCACUUCGAUGUCGACAUGAGCAAGUUCCAGACGACGGCACAGUACAUCGUCUCUAUCAUCAAGAGAGACUACGCUCCGGAUUUCCAGAGCAUUCCUGAUCACGGACGCUGGCAGCACUUUGAUGUUGGCGGGAAGCCUCGCAUUAACCAGCUGCUCCAGUCAUGGCCUAGCACCAUCGACAAUCUGGAGAGAGCUCGCAGACUGAUAGAUCUCUUUCUUGUGUCGGUUCUACUCGACGCCGGCGCCGGAAACACCUGGAGCUACAAGUCAAAGGAGUCCGGAAAGGUGUACAGGCGGAGUGAGGGGCUUGCCGUCGCCAGUCUGGAGAUGUUCAAGGCCGGAAUGUUCAGCAGUGACCAUACCGAGCCAUGUCAGGUCGAUGGAGCUGGUCUGAGGCGUCUGACCGUGGGAGCGUUGGCCAAGAGAAUGCAGCAUUCUGAAGAGAAUCCUCUUGCUGGUCUUGAGGGCAGAGCUGGCUUGUUGGCUCGGCUGGCAGACGCUCUGAACAACCAAGAGCUCUUUGGCGUUGAUGCUCGCCCCGGUAACAUGCUUGGUAGGUGUUUUGCCUUUGAUCUCUCUUCCCCUACAACUCACUGUUACAGUGCUAACCCUUUACUAGACUACCUUCUCUCUCAUCCAUCUACACUCGCUUCUUCAGUCCCCAUCAUCCCCGUCCCACUUCUAUGGAAUGUUCUUAUGGAUGGAUUGUCACCCAUAUGGCCACCAUCUCGCACCCAGAUCGACGGAAUAUCGAUUGGUGACGCAUGGCCUUGCAAAGCAAUGCCUUCAUCUCCCCCCGCAGAACCGUGGGAGAACAUCGUCCCUUUCCACAAGCUGACACAAUGGCUCUGCUACUCCAUCAUGGCUCCCAUGACUAAGAUAUUGAAUAUCCGGUUCUCAGGCCGUGAGCUGUUGACCGGUCUACCGGAGUAUCGGAACGGCGGACUCUUGAUCGAUAUGGGUCUGCUAACAUUGAAACCAGAGGACACUAACCGGGGGCUGGAGGCAUACAAGGCCAACGCUAUGAUCAAGGGGCAGCCAAACGUGGAGGUAGUCCCACUGUUCAGCCCUGAUGAUGAUGUCAUCGUGGAAUGGAGGGCUCUCACCGUUGGCUUCUUGGACCAGUUGCUGGCAGAAGUAAACAACCUCCUAGAGCUGAAGGACGGACAACAACUCUCUCUUGCCCAGAUGCUCGAGGCGGGUUCAUGGAAGGUUAGUUGUCUUUCCAUUUUACCUUGUUUUCCUCUUAUAGCCUUGACAAGUACUGACAUAAACCUACAGGGUGGACGAGAGAUUGCCGAAGUCUCCAGGCCGAAUACCAAGCAACCUCCUAUCAUGAUCAUAUCUGACGGUACUGUCUUUUAA